GGGGGUCGCAUCUCGUCCAGCCCCGCUCCCAGCAGGCCCAGCCCCAGCCACAUCAUAGAUUCAUAGACGUUAGGGUGGGAAGGGACCUCAAUAGAUCAUCGAGUCCGACCCCUGCAUAGGCAGGAAAGAGUGCUGGGUCUAGAUGACCCCAGCCACAUGCCCAUCUAACCUCCUCUUGAAGACCCCCAGGGUAGGGGAUCCCAGCCACGGCUCUGUCGACCCCGGGCUUCAGCACCUCCCAGCAUGGAGGUUUCCUCCCUGCAAAGCCUGUUCCAGCGCUUCACCCCCUCCAAGCCACCCCAGACCCUCGGCCCAAAACUACACGACAGAGCCCCGACCCUCGCCCGGGAAAGCUGCGGCUGGGGGUGCACCCAAGAGCCCCCAGGCCCUGCCCCCACUGCAGGGCACGGCAACCCGCCCCGUCCGGACCAGUCUGAGCAGGGGGGAAAGCCCUUCCUGCCCCAGUGCAGCGCGGGGCAAACCCCGGACCGCCCCGACCCCUGGCCGGAGCCACAUGGCCGGGGUGGGCGGGGCCUUGGCCGCAGUGUAUCCGCCGCAGCCAAUGGGGAGCGAGGCCUGGGGAAGUCGGUGUCUCAACGUUCCAGGCCGGAUCGGAAGCGGAGCGCCGCCCCUCGUGCCCCAUGGCGCGGCACAGCCAGCUGCAGCGGGAGGUGCUGAGCCUGUACAAGCAGUGCCUGCGCGCCGCCCAGGGGAAGCCGGGCUUCGCGCCCCGCGUCCGCGAGGAGUUCCGGAGGAACGCCGCGCUGCCCGCCUCCGACGUCCUGCGCAUCGAGCACCUGCUGCGCCGCGGGCAGCGCCAGCUGCAGCAGCUUCGGGACGCCCGCACCACCCAGCUGGGCGUCUUCCUGCCUCCCGGGCCGGAGCCGCGGUGACCCCGCGCACCGAUGCAGCCGGGGUGAUGCCGGGGGCUUGGACUUGGACUGGUCACGAGUGAAACCACGGCAGGUUCCUCUGAGCCGUUCCCCAGCGCGCUGGGGUGUGACCCCGUGGGCAGCACUGGCCAGAGCGGCUCCGUCCAGCAGGGAGCACGCGGACGCUGGGGUUGGGGUCUUGGGGCUGGGGACGCGGGGGGGUCGUGUCCUCCAAGUCCAUCCUCGCAGGACAGGCGUGUUCCCGACUCGCACCCCCCUGCCUUCGUUUUAUACAGUUCAAGUUCAAUUA